AUGUCUUCAGUAAUAGCUACCGCUGCUGCCGGAAACAUUCUCGCUUGCUACAACCCCGGCUGUUCAAAUGCUCACAAACUCAAGUUCAGAGCACCCUUAAAGUGCGCUAACUGCAAAACUGCCCGUUACUGUGACAAGAACUGCCAACGCGCACAUUGGAAGGUGCACAAGGAGUUCUGUAACAACUGGGCGGAGACGGCAAAGCGUAACAGCGCAAGCUCUCUCAUCGACGUCAAGAAGAAGAUGUCGCACUUCCUAUGGCUCAUCCGUGGACUGCCAGACUACGUGAAAGAGCUGCUCGACGAAUAUGUCGAGGCCAAACGCGACGGCUUUAGAGGCUGCGUCGAGUUUUAUUUUGAGACGUUCCAGGAUCUCUUCGACGCGAUUGCGCUUAUCGAGACGCUUCCCGUGCAUGAGGAGAAGAUGUAUUACCCGAUGCCUUAUGCACCCACGUUUCAAAAGCGAAGUGAUGGGCUUGGUCCUGUGGGAAAGAAGGUGAAGAUGCGCUGGAUAUUUACGGAGCACGAGAAGGAAUUUAUGAAGAAAGUUCACGAUAAGAAAAUCCUAACCAUCGAUCAUUCGAGGGAGAACAUGAACAAACUUUUGGCGACGAUUGUGAAGGAUUCUGAAGAGAUGUUCUUGCUUUCUUGUGCGGUGAAAUUGGAGGGGACGUUUGCAACCCAUAGCUAUGAUUUCAUUUACAAGGACCUCAAUGGAUGGUCGAAGGAUUUAAUCGAAGAGUUUGAGAGUUGUACACGUAGUAGAACUUGA